GAUCACUCUGCUCACUUAGUAUGCAGAAUCUGCCAGUGCAGGCGCUGGCCCUGCGGCAGCUAGGCAGACUGAACUCCCUCCAGCUGCUCACUCCAUGCCAUGCCUCUGGUCUCAGCAUGUGGUGCCACGAACAUUACACGCUCGUCAGUUUGUGGGGUUCAGCCACUCCUCAAACACACCGUACAGCUAUGUGGCCAAGAUCAUGGGACACUCGGCAGAGUUGGUUGCUUCAUCACUCCCGGCUCAAAAGCACGGGAAAAAAAGGGAAACAAAAAAUUAUGCAGCAGGAGGAGGAGGAGGAGGAGGAAGAUGCAGAGACUAGUGAUUAUGAGGAUGAGCUUCCAGAUGACCCAGGCCUGCCAAAAGACUAUAAAGACCAUGAGAAAACUGUCCAGUCUCUACGUUUCGAUUUGGUAUUGAAGACCGGAUUGGACAUUGCACGAAAUGGUGUGGAGGAUGCUUUCUAUAACCUCAAAUUGAGACUGAAUGGUCAGAAACUCACCAAGAAGAGCAAAAUGGUUAAAGUGGGGGAUACACUGGAUCUGAUCCUAAAUGAGGACAAGGAAGUGGACACAGUCUUGCUGAAGAGAGUGAUCUUAAAAAAGGUGGUUGGAGAGACAAAAGACACAGAAAAGCAGAGAGUUAUUCUAAGAAGCUGGAAACACCUCCAACUUCCCAGAAAGCAUGUGUACAAGCAGUAAAGACCAGUUCUGUGAUGUUUUUGGGAGGUGAAAGAUCAGAAAGUGGGACAAAACUGAUAUUUCCUGUUCCACUCUCCAACCAUUUGAUUUGUAAAACUGCAGAUUGAGGAUUUAUUGAGUUGUUUCCAAUGCCCAACAAAAACUGAAGGUCCUUGUUACAUUUAUUCACUUACCAGUAGUUCUCAUAACUGUUUCAUAUUACUUGAAGAUUACUAUUAUUAACUUUACAGGUACAAGUGAAACACAAACACAUCUUAUUGUUUAGAGGCGAUUUUGGUUAUAUGCAAUUGCUUAUAUUUAUGUUACCUAGAUUCACAAAAUAACAUUCACUGAUUGUGAAUCAAAUAUAAUUUAGGAUAUCAGUGUUUUUCUGAUCCCUUGUUUAUGAUACCUUAUUUUUUAUUUUAUUUUUACAAUUGUCUUCGUGACAUUGGUAGAUUUUCAAUGAACAGUUUUCAGGAAGGGUACAGGGUGCCUUUGCACACAGCUGCACUAAGAACCAGACAAAAAAAAGGAAUUUUAAAAGGUUUUAUACAGCAUCUAUGCAAAAGAUUAAUGAGUCAGACCCACAUAAAUACAGUUUUUAAACUGUAUUUCAUUCUUUUUUCUUCAUUAUAAUGGUCAAGGGUGGAAUAUACCAAGACCACAAAUUUAAUCUUGAUAAACACUUCCCUUGGGGGUUUUUUUUUGUGUAUCUGAAGUAAAAUAAAAAGGAACAUGAAACCCAUCUUGGCUAGGAAGUGAAUUUUUAUUGAAAAAUAUAUAACAUAUAACCUGGUGCUAUAGUUAAGUACAGAUUAAUAAGAUUUACUUCCUGUAAGACAGGAUGUACUUCAAUAUGUUGAUAAUUAGAAAAAGCCAGUGCUGCAACAUUGCUAAAAUAAAAUAAAACAUGUUUAUAUACUGUAUCUUCUCUGCCCUCACCCCAAACUAAAGUGACCUAUUAUUUUUAAAGAACUAAAUGUUUACAUUUAAGUUAAUUAAGGCUAACUUUAGCUUAUCUAAUAAUUAGACAUUAGAAUAACAUCAAUCAUAUUUUGGCAUAUAAAUAGUAACACUAAUAUUUCACUGUCAUGUGAUAGUGGCUUCAAACACCAACUUUCUGUCACUUACCAAACCAUUUAAAGGCCAUGGACGUGAACUUGACCAGCCAAACUAGACCUUGAACAAGAACGUUUCAGUAUGCUUCAGCUUAUGGACUUGUGCAAAUAACAGCUAUGUUGUGUAAAAUAU